AUGCAUCAGCUUACCCCAUCGAAAUUUGCAGAACUGGAGCCCAACGCGAAACAAAGACACAGCCACACAUUCUCUAUCCAACCUCCACGUGUCCUCGAUAUUUCCGCCCCCUCACCCCCUACAAAUACCCCUCCUCCCCUCACUGCCCUCGUCCUCACUCUCAAAAAAACCCCCCAAACCUCCCUUCCCCCAAAAAAGGCCAGCAGAGCCCUCCCCCGUCCCACUUCCAACCUUGUCCAAAAAUGGCCCAGCAAGCCUCCAUGGCACCUCCUCCCUCCUCUCCAACCCCAGCAAACCGCAGCCUCCUCUCCUCCUCCUCCUUUCCAUGGCGUCAAGCUCUCCUCCGGCCUUCAAAACCCAAAUCUCUCUCUCCCCCGUCAUCAUCAUCUAUCAUCACCCUGUCUCCCAAAAUCUCGCCUCCUACGACCUCUCAUCCUCUCCGCUUCCGCCCCCAUCAAGGAAUCCAUCGUCCGCGAGAUGACCCGCCGCUACAUGACCGACAUGAUCACCUACGCGACCCGGACCUCGUCGUCGUCGGCGCCGGGAUCCGCCGCGCUCUCCUGCGCCUACGAGCUCUCCAAGAACCCUGACAUCAACAUCGCCAUCAUCGAGCAGUCUGUCUCCCCCGGCGGCGGCGCCUGGCUCGGCGGCCAGCUCUUCUCUGCUAUGGUCGUCCGCUAGCCCGCCCACCUCUUCCUCGACGAGCUCGAGGUCCCCUACGACGAGCAGGACGAUUACGUCGUCAUCAAGCACGCCGCCCUCUUCACCUCCACCAUCAUGAGCAAGCUCCUGAUGCGGCCCAACGUGAAGCUGUUCAACGCGGUGGCGGCGGAGGAUUUGAUAAUCAAGGACGGGAGGGUCGGGGGAGUCGUGACGAACUGGGCGCUGGUGUCGAUGAACCACGAUACACAGUCGUGCAUGGACCCGAACGUGAUGGAGGCUAAGGUUGUGGUGAGCUCUUGUGGGCAUGAUGGGCCUUUUGGGGCUACUGGGGUUAAGAGGCUGAGGAGCGUCGGGAUGAUUGACACCGUGCCCGGGAUGAAGGCGCUUGACAUGAACGCGGCCGAGGACGAGAUCGUGAGGAUGACGAGGGAGGUCGUGCCCGGGAUGAUCGUUACCGGGAUGGAGGUUGCUGAGAUCGACGGAUCUCCGAGAAUGGGGCCGACGUUCGGAGCGAUGAUGAUAUCGGGGCAGAAGGCGGCGCACCUGGCGCUGAAGGCGCUGGGAAAGCCGAACUCGUUGGAAGGAGCUGUGCAUCCCGAGAUGGUUUUGGCUUCGAACGAUGGCGGAGAUGUUGUUGUUGAUGCUUAGAGAUGGUUCUACAUUGUGGAGCUUUGUUUCUGUGAUGCUUGUUUUUUGAGUUCCUGUGUUCACAAGUAGGGGGUGGCUGUUGGUUUUUAUGUAUAUGUCGAUGCUGGUCCGGUGUUAGGGAAUGCUGCGAUAAUAAUAAGUAAAUAAACGAGGGGGUUUUGGAUUUCA